GAUGUCGGCUUGUUCACAUAAAGGAAAAAGCUGUCUUGCUUUUGUUCAGCCUCUGGUUUCCCGGCGUCAAGUCAGUUUUCUCACAACUUUGAUCCCGGCGACAAUAUUCUGCUGCCUUGGUCCUCGGAAACUGAACUGACUACCCAUUUCCUGUUUCUUCCAUUCCGGUUACUCCCCUUUUUCCUUCGACGGUGACUGAUAUGGUGGCCGGAGGCUGUCUAUAAGUUAUAUUUUCAUCUGGUUGCUAAAUAUUGAUGUGGCUUUCUUUUCCGUUUUAUGGAUUCCUUUGUCAAUUGGAAUAGCUAUUAAAGUGUUUCUGUGGGAUUUUGGCUUUUUGGGCACCAACAGCAGUUUUUACAUGCUUUUACAUGCUUUGUUGAUGCCGAUGUUUCAGCUGCAAAGUUCUGGUUUUGGCGUUUUCAUUCUAGCAGAAGAAGUCCAUUCUUUUGGAAUUUACUCCUGAUCAAGAUUGCUCCUACUGAAAAAGGGGCGUUCGUGUUGAGUUUCUCAUCCACCUCUUUAAACAUUUCUGGGAAAAGGGUCUGCUUUUUGUUGUUUAUACCAGAUGUUAUUAGACAACUUUGUAGCAGAAAGUAGAGGAGAUUCUUCAUCUUGGUGGUCGAUUUUAGAGAAUUGUCUAACUGUGAAGAGUUUGUGAGCAAGGUUAAAUCUUGGUAAAUAACGCCAAGUGUUGAAUUUGCCGGGGUUAUCAUAUUUAUAGGUCGUCAUGAAGGCUUUACCGAAUGGCUACUUGCCUAAUUCUGGCGAAGGGGAAAGAAAAACAAUCAACUCAGAGUUAUGGCAUGCAUGUGCUGGACCCUUGGUUUCCUUACCUCCUGUUGGAAGUCUCGUCGUUUAUUUCCCUCAAGGACACAGUGAGCAAGUCGCAGCAUCCAUGCAAAAGGAGGCUGAUUUCAUACCCAGUUAUCCUAACCUUCCGUCCAAGUUAAUUUGCAUGCUUCACAAUGUUGCAUUACAUGCUGAUCCAGAAACUGAUGAGGUCUAUGCACAAAUGACCCUUCAACCUGUAAACAAAUAUGACAAGGAAGCAAUACUUGCAUCAGACAUGGGUCUGAAGCAAAGCCGACAGCCUGCUGAAUUCUUCUGCAAAACUCUUACAGCUAGUGACACAAGUACGCAUGGUGGAUUUUCUGUACCUCGUAGAGCAGCAGAGAAAAUAUUUCCACCUCUGGAUUUUUCAAUGCAACCUCCUGCUCAGGAGAUUGUUGCCAAGGAUUUGCAUGACAAUACAUGGACAUUCAGACAUAUUUAUCGCGGACAACCAAAGAGGCAUCUGCUGACUACUGGUUGGAGUGUCUUUGUCAGCACAAAAAGACUAUUCGCUGGAGAUUCUGUUCUUUUUAUUAGGGAUGCAAAACAGCAGCUUCUUGUGGGUACAAGGCAUGCCAAUAGACAACAACCUGCUCUCUCUUCAUCGGUCAUAUCCAGUGACAGCAUGCAUAUAGGCAUUCUUGCUGCUGCAGCUCAUGCUGCUGCAAACAACAGCCCAUUUACCAUAUUUUACAAUCCAAGAGCUAGCCCUGCAGAAUUUGUAAUUCCAUUGGCCAAGUAUAAUAAAGCCAUGUACACCCAAGUUUCCCUUGGAAUGAGGUUUAGAAUGAUGUUUGAGACUGAGGAGUCAGGAGUUCGUCGAUACAUGGGUACAAUUACAGGGAUCAGUGACUUGGAUCCUGUGCGAUGGAAAAAUUCACAGUGGCGCAAUCUUCAGGUUGGAUGGGAUGAAUCAACAGCUGGUGAGCGCCCAAGCAGAGUAUCAAUUUGGGACAUUGAACCAGUCGUUACUCCUUUCUACAUUUGCCCCCCUCCUUUCUUCAGGCCCAGGUUCUCCAAGCAACCAGGAAUGCCAGAUGAUGAUUUCGACAUGGAAAAUGCAUUCAAGAGAGCUAUGCCCUGGCUCGGCGAUGACUUUGGCAUGAAAGAUGCCUCAAGUUCAAUGUUUCCUGGUUUGAGUUUAGUUCAGUGGAUGAGCAUGCAGCAGAACAACCAGUUAUCUGCUACACAAUCAGGAAUGUUCCCAUCUAUGCUUUCAUCCAAUUCCCUUCAGAAUAACCUCAGCACUGAUGAUCCAUCCAAAUUAUUGAGCUUUCAAAACCCUGUCCUCUCUGCAUCAAAUCUUCAAUUUAACAGACCAAAUUUACCAAACCAAGUCAACCAAUUGCAACAAGCCCCAACAUCAUGGCCUCAGCAGCAGCAGCAGCAGCAGCAGAUGCAAUCCUUGUUGCAAGCACCUGUAAACCAGCUCCAGCAGCAGAGGCAGCAGCCGCAGCCGCAGCUGCAGCCGCAGCCACACCAGCUUCCUGAGCCACAAAAUAUGACGCCGCAGCAGCAGCAGCAGCCACCACCCCAGUUGCAGCAACAGCGAGUACAACAACCACAGCAGCAGCAGCAAUCAUGUCAACAGGCCAUUAUAAACAAUGGGGUGAUUGGUUCUAGCCAAAUUCCAAAUCCGAGUGUGCAACAAUCAAUAGCCUACUCUCAGCUUCAGCAGCAGCAGUUACUGUCAGCCAGCAUGCCUCUUCAGCAAAAUAUUCAAUCAGCUAGCAAAAAUACAUUCCCACUCACAACCUUAUCACAAGAUUCACAGUUUCAGCCACAGAUAGACCCACAAGCUACUCUCUUGCAGAGGCAGCAGCAGCAGCAGCAACAAUCCCAAUUGCAGAUAUUCCAACAGAGCUUGUCACAGAGGGCCCCACAACAACCCCAAGUGGCUCAGUUGCCACCACAAAACCUGUCAGAACAACAGUUGCACAUACAGUUGCUACAAAAAUUGCAGCAGCAACAACAGCAGCAGCAGCAGCAGCAGCAAUUUCUUUCUCCAGCUAGUUCACUUUUGCAGCCUCAGCUGCUACAGCAACAGCAAGCACAUGUACCAAACCAACAACUACCACAGCCGACUCUGUCUCAGCAUCAGCCUCAGCCUCAGCAGCUCAGCAACAAUGCAUUAUCUGCAGAGAAGCUUCUGGUCAGCAACGGCUUUUCUUCUUCACCUCUGAUACAACCACAACAGGUUCCUUUGAAUCAAGCCCAGAAUACACCAAAACCACUUACAACUACCAAAGCUCCUUCUAGUCUUACAGAUGGAGAUGCCCCGUCAUGUUCAACCUCACCAUCAACUAAUAACUGCCAGGUAUCUCCACCAAACCUUCUGAAGAGAAAUCAACAAAUGCCAGCAACAUUAGGGGGGAGCUUGGUGGUUGAGCCCACAAAUAAUCUGGUACAGGAGCUACAGGGAAAGUCUGACAUCCAGGUCAAACAUGAGUUGCCAGGUGUUAAAGGGCCUGAUCAGCUAAAGUAUAAAGGGGCAAUAACUGAUCAAUUGGAAGCCUCUUCUUCUGGAACAUCUUAUUGCCUUGAUCCUUGCAGUGUGCAGCCAAACUUUACCCUUCCCAAUUUCUGCAUGGAUGGGGAUGUCCAAUCGCAUCCUCGGAACAAUGUUCCAUUUGCCUCUAAUCUUGAUGGAUUAACGCCUGAUACUUUGCUCUCUAGAGGGUAUGACUCACAAAAAGAUCUUCAAAAUUUGCUCUCUAACUAUGGGGGUGCUCCGAGAGAUAUAGAAACUGAGCUGUCGACUGCUGCUAUCAGCUCUCAGUCAUUUGGUGUGCCCAGCAUGCCCUUUAAGCCUGGCUGCUCAAGUGAUGUUGCCAUUAAUGAAGCUGGGGUUUUGAAUAAUAGCUUGUGGGCUAACCAGACUCAGCGAAUGCGAACAUAUACUAAGGUUCAAAAACGUGGCUCCGUUGGAAGGUGCAUUGAUGUCACUCGUUACAAGGGAUAUGAUGAACUCAGACAUGACUUGGCUCGUAUGUUUGGGAUUGAGGGGCAAUUGGAAGAUCCUCAAAGGACUGACUGGAAACUAGUAUAUGUAGAUAAUGAAAAUGACAUUCUUCUUGUUGGAGACGACCCUUGGGAAGAAUUUGUGAGCUGUGUUCAGAGCAUAAAGAUACUGUCAUCUGCUGAAGUACAGCAAAUGAGCUUAGACGGGGAUUUAGGUAACGUUCCAAUAUCCAACCAAGCUUGUAGUGGAACAGACAGUGGUAAUGCAUGGAGGGGACCAUAUGAUGAUAACUCGGCUGCCUCAUUUAAUCGAUAAAGAUGUCAGAGCAGUCUAUUUGUAUAUUAUGAAAGCCCGAGGACCAACUGUGUCCUUGACAGUUCUGCUCAUUGUCUUGCCUCUCUAUGACUGAAGAAAGGAGCCAUAAUCAUUUGAAGUGAUGCAGCUGGUUAGGUAUAGUAGGAGAUUGUUGCCCAAAUGGAUUCUAAUGGGGAUAAGUUUAGGAUCUUAGAUGUAGAAGUAGCAGAUUCGGUUAUUGUUCUCGUGUUAUUGCCUCAAAUCUGCAUUUCUCGUUGCUGCUGUUUUAGGAAAAUUUUUCCCCUUUUUGGCUAAAUGCAGCGGUAUAGGCCAAGUAGUGUAUAAUAGAUGGUUCUGAUAUGAAAUUAUUUUUUGGUUUACACUUCAUAACUCUGUAAAUCAUGUGGUGAAAGUGCAAAAUGUUGUAACCAUAGUGAUGACUCGGACGGUUGACAAUGGUUGAAAAUUCUAACUUUUUUAGCAGCGACCAGGCUGUUUCCUAGGCGUCAA